ACAAGAUGGCGAUGGACUGGAGAGAGGGUUCUCCUAUAACUGUUACUUUGAAAAAAAAAUCUAUAUAAAUUACAAAAAACAUCCUUGCGCUUUUUUUGUUGUUGCUGGUAAUCAAAGGGUUUACAUGGCGCUGGACGGUCUCUGCUUUCUCUGCCUCGCUUCGCUGACCCUCGCUGCUCUUCUAACCUCUCAAGAUAAAGCUUAUUCCCUGGAGCUGAGCUGCAGCGCUGGUCCGGUUCAUGUUGUUCUAGAACCCGCCCAAGAGCUGAUGCUGGACUGUAACCUGCCGGCUGUGGAGCAGCCCGUCCACAUCUCCUGGGAAAAGGACGGUGUGCCGGUAGUGAGCAAUGGGAUUCUGCAGGUGCUGCCCAACGGCUCCCUCUCUGUCCUGCAGGUCGUGCAUGAGGGCAGGGUCCAGGAGCGCCGGAGCAGUGCUGAGGGGAGCUACUCCUGCACCGUGAGCAGCUCAUUCGGGGCCAUCGCCAGCCGCACAGCCGUCAUCAGAGACACCACUCUCUCCCGGUUCCUGCAGCACCCCGAGUCUCAAGUGGUGCAGCAGAGUGGCCUGGCGCGGUUCCAGUGCAGAAUUGACGGGCUCCCAACGCCGAUCAUCACCUGGGAAAAAGACCAGUCCCUCCUCCCCGACCAAGCCAGAUUCACCCCUCUCCCGAACGGUGUCCUGCAGAUUGUCAAUGUGCAGGGAGAGGAUGCAGGGGCGUACCGCUGUGUGGCAGCAAACGCGGCUCGGACUCGCUACAGCCAGGACGCAGUGCUCACCGUCACCGAAGGUCCUCCGUCGGGGCAGGGGGACGUGGUGAUCAUUGCCGCCCCCAGAAACACGACGGUGGUGGCGGGGAAGACCGCGGUGAUGGAGUGCAUGGCCCAGGCAGACCCCACCCCCUUCGUGUCCUGGAUCCGACAGGAUGGAAAGCCCAUUGCCACCGAUGCUGUAGUUCUGUCCACUAACCUUCUGAUUGCUGAUACCCAGUCCUACCACGCCGGGGUGUACGUCUGUCGAGCCAACAAGCCGAAGACCCGGCAGUUUGUGAAUGCUGCAGCUGCGCUGCGAGUGCUGUCUCCCCCGGUCAUUACGCAGUUGCCCGAAACCAUCUCCCGGACGCGGGCAAGCACGGGCCGCUUCGUGUGCAAGGCAUCUGGGGAGCCGGCCCCUGCCAUCACCUGGAUGAAGAAUGGCCAGCUCAUCCACUCCAACGGGCGGGUGAAGAUCCAGAGCUCCGGCAGCCUGGUAAUCAACCAGAUCGCGGUGGAGGACUCUGGAUACUACCAGUGCAUCGCUGAGAACAACCUGGGCACUGCCUGCGCCACCGCCAGGCUCUCGGUCAUCGUCCGCGAGGGGCUUCCCAGCAACCCCCACAGCGUGUCGGCCGCCACCCUGUCCAGCACCGCCGUCCUGGUGACCUGGGAGCGGCCCGAGCACAACAGCGAACAGAUCAUCGGCUUCUCCCUGCACUACCAGAGGGCUGCAGGAGGCACGGACAAUGUAGAAAACCAAUUUGCAGUGAACAACGACACCACUGAGUUUCAGGUGAAAGACUUGGAGCCCAACACGAAUUAUACCUUCUAUGUAGUGGCUUAUUCCCCGCUGGGCGCCAGUCGGACAUCUAACUUGGUCACUGUCCACACCUCGGAGGAUGUCCCCAGUGCCCCGCCUCAGCUGUCUCUGUUGAGCACGACUCCGACCGACAUCCGCGUCAUGUGGUUCCCCCUAUCCGCAGAGCUGAGCCAGGGCAAGGUGACCAAGUACAGGAUCGACUACUGCACAGUGGAGGAGGUAGAUCAGAUCUAUUCCAUUGAAGUGGCUGGAAACGAAACGCAGGUGCCCCUGCAUUCACUGCAUCCCAACAAGACUUACAAGGUGCGGAUUGCAGCGGGAACCAGCGCUGGCUUCGGAGACCCCUCUGAGUGGACACAACACCGAACCCCCGACAGGGACAACCAGACCAUGGUUCUCUUUGCUCCCCUGGAACUGAAGGUCAGGGCCAAGGUGGACUCCCUUCACGUCAUGUGGCAGCCGCCGUCCAGUCACGCGCAGAUCUCUGGAUACAAGCUGUGUUACCGGGAGGCGGAGCUUGAGAAUUUAGCCAAUGAAGAUCCACCAGACUCUCCGAGAAGGGAGACCUGGGCCAGGUCACCCAUCAGGCUGAAAAAGAAAGUGAAGCAGUAUGAGAUCACGGGCCUAGCCCCUGACCGGCUCUAUGAAGUGAAGGUCAUGGCCUUCAGCAAGCAUGAGGAUGGCUAUGCGGCAGUGUGGAAGGGCAGGACAGAGAGGGCACCGCUCACUAUGGGAGAGCCCCCGGUGCAGAAGGUCCCCCCUCUUCCCCCCAGCAGUGUGCAGGCUGUGUCCAACAGCUCCACCUCCAUCUGGCUCAGGUGGGAGAAACCAAGCUUCCGCACGGUGAAGAUUGUGAACUACACUGUGCGCUGCAACCCCUGGGCCGUCAAAAACGCCUCUCUAGUCUCCUAUUACAUCAGCUCUGAAGAGCAGAUCCUCCUCACUGGACUCAAGCCCUACACCAAGUAUGAGCUGGCAGUCCAGUCCAAUGCAGUGGGGGUGGACGGUCCCUUUAGCAAAGUGGUGGAGCAGUCCACUCUACCCGAUAGGCCGUCCUCUCCCCCCUCAGGGCUGCAGCUGAGCCCCUUGGGUCCCCACUCUGUGCUGGUGCGCUGGCAGCCCCCGCUGGAGCCCAAUGGGCUUAUUGUGGAGUAUGUGGUCCUCUACAGCUCCAACAGCACCCAGCCAGACAGCAUGUGGAGCUCGCUGUCCCGAGAGGGGAACAUCUUCAGUGCAGAGGUCAAGGGGCUGGAAAGCGGCACCAGGUAUUUCUUCAAGAUGGGUGCAAAGACGGUGAUGGGAGCCGGGCCCUAUUCACAGGUGAAGGAAGCACACGCCCUCCCGGAGAAACACUCCGAGCCUGAUAUCCUGGAUAUCCACUCAGUGACUGGGAUCAUCGUGGGGGUCUGUCUGGGGCUGCUGUGCAUUCUGCUGUGCAUGUGGGUCAGCUUCCGCACCAGCAAACAGAGAGAGAUUCCCCAGGGCCCAGACUUGCACAGCUCCACCAGUCCCCACUCUCUGUACCGCAAGGGCCGGCCUGCCCCCAUCACCCAGCUGGAGUGUCACGACUGCCACGAGCUCGAGACGCUGAUGUCACCGUGGCCGGAGGACACCUCCCUGCCACUGACCGGAAUCACUGAGCUUACCGAGGAGCACAGCCUCAUGGGAACCAGCCUGGCAGAAGACAGCCUCCACAUCGAGCUCAAGCCUGCAUGGAAUGGGUCGGUUAGUCGCAACUGGGCCAAUAACAUAACCAGCUACCGCGACGCCAUCACAGAGGGAUCUCCGGCGGUGACAAACGGGGCAGUGGGUCCCCCGAGCGAGCCGGCCAUGGAGAGGCUGCUUCAGACAGCGGCUUCAGAGUCCAGCAAGAGUGAAGUGAAGAAUAAAGCCACACCAUUGGUGAGCACCCAUCAGAUGGAAGCGCUGGUCAUUGUCCAUUCAGAACUGUCAGAGUCUGACAGGAACGGGGCGGGCCCCGUGCAGUACACACAGGGGGAUGAUGGGGAAGCCAUGGAGGAAGAGGAUAGCGACGUCCUAUUGACCAAUCAGAACAUUGCCGACAGCAACGAGGCAGGCAGAGAGAGGGGCAGCCCUGUCCUGCUGAACCACAAUGGGAAGAAGGCAGGAAAGCCGGAGUUGGGCGAUUCUCACGGCCUUCCCAACGGCUUCCACAUCGCUGAGGACCACAACCAGUCACUGGAGAACGGAGACUCUCUUCAGCAUGACAACAGGAACUGUCAGCCAGCAAAGUGCCAGCCUUUCCCCACAGGCCCACAGGAGCACCCCCAGCAGUUUGCUAGCUCUGGUAUCAUAAACUCUACCUCAACAACCGACAACUACUUGUGUCCGUAACCACUGAAUGGGCAACAAAGUCACUUUGGUCAUGGGAGAGCAGUAAGGCAUGUGUCAUGUUUUGUUCUAUAACGUCGUGACACCCACACAACCAGCAACAUUUUUCAGUUGAUUGGAGCAGCAUGCAUUUUCAGUUGUGAUUGCAGUCUGCAUACAACACAAAGGCUUUGGAUGUGGAACAAAGAGGCAAAACUAUGAUGCAUUACAAUUUUUGUCCAUCGUGAACAAACCUCCCAAUACGAUGGGAUAUAGAAACUUAGCCCUUUUUACAACCCACAGACAAUUUGGUUUUAUUAUAAGGUUUGUUUUAACCAAAACCUGAAGAGAACAUAAGGUUUACCUGUACACUAACAGCAGCCUAGGUAGAAAUUAAUGUAUAUGUUAUUUGAUAACAUAGGAAAAUUGAUGCUCUUAAUAUUACACAGAUAUAUUCAAUAUUAUCACCCAAGCUAUUAUUAAUGCUUUAUUUAUUUAUUUGAAAAGCACAUAUCUCCAAUGCUAGUAUUUCCUUCAUUUUAUAAUCUCCCUUAAAUAUUAUUACCUGUAUCCUGUAACAUCACUGAAGCCUGUCUUUAAUUCACAGGAACGAGACCAUCGCCAGUAACUGCUUCUCACACUUGAAGGAAUUCGCUAACAGGGAGAAACUUUACGGGGUAUACCCAUACAGUAGAGUACCUUUUGAAUCUAAACAAAGAUUCCAGUCUUCCUAAAGUCUGAACUCCACAUUGAAUAUCUGCAGUGACAUGCUGUUUAGCGCGCCCAUGGUCACAGUGAGUUCAGUUGUCUCUGUGUACACAACCACAAAAACUCACACAAGUGGCUGAAGCAGCAGCCUUUAAUUGCCCUCUAUGAGUGCCUCUUACAACUUUCACUACAGCAGAACCUCUUCCAAGAUGUGGUUGAGGAACGGAGCCUGGACUUUGCAUUGGGUUCUCAUGCCUAGUAUUUUAGGUACAGCGUCAGUGUAUUUGUUUUUCUGGGAUUGCUUUCUGUUUCGUUUUCCAAGGUGAAGUAAUAUGUGUGUUUUUAGAGUAACAUUUUAAUAGUCUCCUCCAUGUUUUUCCUCCCAGACAACAGAACUACCUCAUGUCUGUUAAGAAUAGUUUUACUCCCUUUUUUUUUUAUUUUAUUGCAGUUCGAUACAGUUUUUAAACGGUGCACUGCCUUUCUUCUGAGACGACCUUUGCAUUGGUUGUUAAAUGCCUUUUUCUCCCAUUUUAUGUACCUUUUGACUUCUUUCUUCCUUUCACGCCUGCUGUAUCCCAGAUAAAUGGCCCUCAAAUGAGCAGUAACACCGUUAAAAGGAGCAGGAUACAGAUUUGGAG